UGCAAUAAUAGGAAAUAUUAAUGAAUACAAUAUUUCCAUAGACAUAUAAAAGAAAGAAAAUCAUUUGUAAAAAGCAGUAAUAAUGAAGUUACAACAUAAAAUAUGUAUGAUAUCAGACUUUUUUUAUCCCAAUAUGGGUGGCGUCGAAGAGCAUAUAUUUAAUUUAUCACAGUGCUUGUUAGAAAGAGGACAUAAAGUUGUAGUAUUAACGCAUUCAUAUAAAGAUAGAAUUGGAAUACGUUAUAUGACCAAUGGAUUAAAAGUAUAUUAUAUUCCAGUCAGAGUAUUUUAUAAUCAAUGUAUCUUACCAACGAUGAUAUGUUCUAUACCUCUUAUUCGGUAUAUACUAAUAAGAGAAGAAAUAGAAAUAAUACAUGGACAUUCUGCAUUUUCUGCUUUAGCACACGAAGGAAUGUUAAUUGGCAGAUUAAUGGGCUUGAAGACAGUUUUCACAGAUCAUUCAUUGUUUGGCUUUGCAGAUGCAUCUGCUAUUUUAACAAAUAAAUUUUUAGAAAUUUCUUUAGCAGAUUGCGAUCAUUGUAUAUGCGUAUCGCAUAUAGGAAAAGAAAAUACUGUUUUGCGAGCAAAGGUUCAUAAAGAAAAAGUAUCCGUUAUUCCAAAUGCUGUAGAUGCCAUGCUUUUUACACCCAAUAUUAAUAAACGAAGUAAAGAAUUCAUUACUAUAGUAGUAGUAUCACGAUUAGUUUAUCGUAAAGGAGUUGAUCUCUUAGCCCAUAUAAUACCUGAAAUAUGUUCACGACAUGAUAAUGUGAACUUCUUAAUUGGGGGAGACGGUCCAAAGCGUUGGCUUAUAGAAGAAAUACGAGAAAGAAAUUUAUUACAGCACAGAGUUACGUUGCUUGGAAGUUUGGAACAUGCUCAAGUUAAGCACGUUUUGAAUAAAGGUCAUAUAUUUUUAAAUACUAGUCUUACAGAAGCUUAUUGUAUGGCAAUUGUUGAAGCUGCCUCUUGUGGUUUACAAGUUGUAUCUACUAAAGUUGGAGGAAUACCUGAAGUAUUACCACCAGAUUUAAUUUAUUUGGUGGAACCAACAGUGCCAGAUCUUAUUAAAGGAUUGGAGCAAGCUAUGUCAGAUUACGUGAAAGGAAAUAUAAGUUCUCCGUUUGAAGUGCAUAGAAGAAUAAGUUUAUUUUAUAAUUGGUUCAACAUUACUAAAAGAACUGAGAUUGUUUACAAUUUAGUCUCUAAUGAAGCAAAGAAAAAUUUAGGUCAACAAUUAAUAAGUUACAUUCAGAGCAGUGUAUUACCAUAUCUGUUAGUGGUAUCUCUAUGCUACAUUAUAUUAAAACUUUUAGAAUACAUGGUUCCUAGAAAGGUAAACUAUAAGAUUUUAUUUAUAUUUAUACUUACAAUUAGAUUGACACACACACGCACAAUACAUUUUCAGUAUAUUGACAUCGUAAAGGAUUAUAAAGGAAAUCAUAUAGCAUCUUCAAAGAAGAAAAAAUGAUAAUACGAAGUAAUACAUCUAUCUUUUUUGAGGGGGGUAAAAAAGAAGAAGAAAGCCAUAUUUAUAAACAUAAUAUAAGUUACUAUUAUACAGGUUAGUAUGCGAAGCAUAGCAAGAGCAAUCUUGCUUGCAACUUUUCAUUCAUCAUUUAUUACUUGGAAACAAUGUAUUAUUACAUAUAACAUUUUCUUAUGGAUCAUAGUAUAGUUUAUAUUUAUUACCAUACGAAAGAUUUGUUUACUGCAGAAAAAGUGCGAUUUACUGUUUUCUAAAUGGUUUAUGAAAUAUAAUAUAAAGCAGAAUUUAUAUAUGACAUUUGCUAGAAAUUAAGAAAUCCAUAGGAUUCAUAUAUACGACAUGCUCGAUUGCUUAACACUGAUGCACAUUAUGCUGUGCUCUGUACAAUGAUGAAAUAUACACACAUAUACAUAUAUAUAUAUAUAUAUAUAUAUAUAUAUAUAUA